AUGAUGAUGCGAUACACAUUGAUUUCAGUGGCACUGAGCUUGCUCUCACAUAGUAGUACAUGCCAUGCCACCGAGCUGCAUCUCCGAAAGCGAGAGCUAUUGGAAGACACGCCAACCUGGGAAGCCGUAGAACAACAAGCACUACAACUGGAAUACACAAAUGUGACGACGACGGACGGUGUGGCUCCCUUUUUUGACCAAAUCAAAGAAUGCUACGGGGAUUGUGACACGUCGUCCGACUGUGGCGAAGGACUGUUCUGUUAUCAUCGGGAUCUCGACAAUCCCAUUGUCCCGGGAUGUACCGAACAAGACAAUGGGCAUCUUGAAACCACCAAUAGCGUGUGUGUAUCCAAAAAGUACGCCAACGUGGUGGGAUCCUCACGCGUUAGUCCUGUUCGUCGAACAUUGUUGGGACGUUGUCGGGGAGACUGCGAUAGCAAUCGCGACUGCGAUGGCAAUCUCGUUUGUCAUCAACGCGGCGUCGGUGACCCGGUACCGGGGUGUUCCGGAAAGAGCUUGGGAACUUCUCGCGAUUACUGCGUCAGUCCUGGCGCUGGAGGAGGUGGUGGUAGUACUGGAGCUGGAGGAGGUGCUACAGUAUCCACUGGAACUGGAGGUGGUACUACCUCUGGAUCAUUCCGACUCAAGAUCUACUGGGAACAAGGAUAUGACUGGCAAGAUGAAUACGUCGAACGUAAAUGGUGCCUGGUACGAAACUACCGCGUUGGAGGAAUGUGCUGGGAUGGCAUUACUCCGACCACAUGCCGCGCCAAUCGGGUCUACGUGACUCGAUGUGGAAGCACCAGUGGCCAAAGCUGGCAAUUCGUCCAUGUGGGAAAUGGAGAAGCCCUCAUCAAGGGAAGUGGUACCAACCGUUGCUUGGCUCGUUCGGGGACGAACAUUGAACUUCGAACCUGUAACAACAACAGUCCCAGCCAAAGAUUUUAUACCCCCAAUGGAUGCUACAACUGCCGUCGCUUUGAACUCAGCCAACGAACGGCUCCCGGUCUCUGUCUCAAUCAAGAUCAUCAUCCCAAGAACUCCGAAUACGUCCAAAUGAUGCCAUGCUGGCAGACACGUGCGAGGGAUUCCUUGACAUCGUUUUGGGAAAAGGCGUAG